AUGUCACUCUCGGACGCGUCCUCGUCAUCAUCUUCGGAUGGCCUCAAUCACCUCUGGCCGGACUAUCGCGCCGUCGAUCUGCUCGACCUCCGUGUUUGGGACUUCCCCUCCCCCAUAUCGCAACAGGCCGUCGGUGCGAUGUUGCGAGAGUCGUGGGAAACAUCCAAGAGUCGUGGGCAACAUCCAAGCGGCGUGGAAGCACAGAUACCGAAUGCCGUGCCAUGUCCGGAGAGAAGUAAACUCCCACCGCCCCCAAGUCCGACGUCGUGGCCUGUACUGCUUGCCCUGCUUGCGUAUGCCAUCAGGCUGGAGCCGCUGGAGCCGCUGUAUGCUAUAUACGCGUCGCUGAACACAACAUGGCUUUUCAAAACCCUUCAGGCGCUGUCAUUGCAAGCAACCAGUGUAGGACGAUCUUGGACGACCCUUGACCGAUGA